CGUAUUUUUCUCAUCAUAAAUGAGGAGAAAAUGAAUCUGCAUUGAGUGAGAGAUUCUUGCAGUGACAGUGCUCUAUCAAAGUUUCAGAAAUAGUAGCAAUUAGGUUGGUGCAAAUGGCUACGAAUUCAAGCCACUGUCCUUCUCCGAUGAAGGCGACGUCGAACGGGGUGUUCCAGGGAGAUAACCCUCUUGAUUUUGCACUGCCUCUCGCCAUCCUUCAGAUAUGCAUGGUGGUUGUACUGACUCGUAUCCUCGCUUUUCUUCUUAAGCCUCUCCGGCAGCCUCGUGUCAUCGCCGAGAUCGUUGGAGGAAUAAUACUGGGUCCAUCAGUUCUAGGCAGAAACGAAAAGUAUCUGAACGCAAUCUUCCCACAUAGGAGUCUAACGGUGCUGGACACCUUAGCCAAUCUCGGUCUCCUUUUCUUUCUAUUCCUCGUCGGCCUAGAGUUGGAUCCCAAAUCACUCCGCCGCACCGGGAAGAAAGCUCUUUGCAUAGCACUUGCCGGAAUUAGUCUCCCUUUCAUGCUAGGAAUAGGAACAUCGUUCGCCCUUCGAGCGACCAUCUCAAAGGGCGUAAAAGAAGCCCCAUUUCUCGUCUUCAUGGGCGUUGCUCUUUCCAUCACUGCCUUCCCCGUGUUAGCCCGUAUUUUGGCUGAGCUCAAGCUUUUAACGACGGAUAUAGGCCGAAUGGCUAUGUCGGCUGCUGCAGUCAACGAUGUCGCCGCGUGGAUUCUGCUAGCUCUCGCCAUUGCCUUAUCAGGAACCGCCAGUUCUCCACUUGUAGCGUUGUGGGUUUUCUUAUGUGGCUCUGCUUUUGUCAUCGGAUGUGCGCUCGUUUUCCCUCCUGUAUUCAGAUGGAUGGUUCACCGUUGCCCCGAGGGUGAACCGGUGAAAGAGUUGUACGUAUGUGCAACUUUGACGGCGGUUUUGGCGGCGGGUUUCGUUACUGAUCUUAUUGGAAUCCAUGCGCUCUUUGGUGCGUUUGUAGUAGGAGUUCUCGUACCCAAAGAAGGUCCAUUUGCUGGUGCAUUGGUGGAAAAGGUUGAAGACCUUGUUUCUGGCCUCUUUCUACCUUUAUACUUUGUGUCAAGUGGAUUGAAAACAAAUGUUGCCACCAUUCAAGGGCCUCAGUCUUGGGGCCUCCUCGUUCUAGUCAUCGUCACCGCGUGUUUCGGCAAGAUCGCCGGCACUGUCUCCGUUUCCCUUCUAUGCAAGGUGCCUUUCGGGGAGGCUUUGGCACUAGGGUUCCUUAUGAAUACCAAAGGCUUGGUGGAGCUCAUUGUUCUCAACAUCGGUAAAGAUAAAAAGGUUUUGAACGACCAAACAUUUGCAAUCAUGGUUUUAAUGGCCAUAUUUACAACUUUUAUAACUACCCCCCUUGUGAUGGCAGUGUAUAAGCCAGCUAAACGGAAGGGUAAAGGAGAACACAAGUACAAGACAAUUGAGAGAAAAGACGCUAAUUCUCAGCUUCGGAUAUUGGCUUGCUUCCACAGUUUGAGAAACAUUCCCACUAUGCUUAAUCUUAUUGAGGCUUCACGUGGAACUGAGAAAAAGGAAGGAGUUUGCGUGUAUGCAUUGCACCUCAUGGAGCUCUCCGAAAGGUCAUCCGCCAUUCUUAUGGUCCACAAGGCAAAAAAGAAUGGGCUGCCCUUUUGGAAUAAAGGGACGAACUCCGAGGGUGAUCAAUUUGUGGUCGCUUUCAAGACUUUUCGACAACUAAGCCAAGUGUUGGUCCGCCCGAUGACGGCCAUCUCGUCGUUGUUUAACAUGAACGAGGACAUCUGCAAUAGCGCGGAAAGAAAAAGGGUGGCCAUGAUUAUCCUCCCCUUCCACAAACACCAAACGGUGGACGGAAUGUUCGAGACGACCCAAACCGAAUAUCAAUUGGUCAAUAAGCGAGUUCUAGAACAAGCGCCAUGCUCCGUGGGCAUCUUGGUCGAUCGUGGUCUAGGUGGAACCACGCAUAUAUCGUCAAGCAACGUUGAUUCCGUCAUAACGGUAUUAUUCUUCGGCGGACAUGACGAUCACGAAGCACUUGCUUACGGAGCUCGAAUGGCAGAGCACCCUGGCAUCAGUCUAACCAUCGUUCGCUUCUUACCCGGACCUGAAGUGUCUGGCGAGAUCGUCGCGGCUGAGACAAACACAAGCGACGAACGAUUUCUGACGGAAUUCAAGAACAAAAUCUCGAACGACGGCUCAGUAAGUUAUGAAGAAAGAGUGGUGAGGAACUCGAUGGAAACCAUCGAAGCAAUCGGAGAAUUCAGCUGGUGCAACCUUUUCGUGGUGGGGCGAACGCCGGAGUCUCGAACGACGGCAAAAAUGAAUGCAAAGACCGAGUGCCCUGAAUUAGGACCAAUAGGAAGUUUGUUGAUUUCACCUGAAUUGUCAACAUCAGCAUCAGUUUUGGUGGUGCAACAGUAUAAAACCACGAAGCAAUCACCUCCUCCUUCAGUUUCCUCUACAAAGGUUGCAGAGUUACCCGAAGGGCAUGUGGGAAGUCCAUGAUCGUUGACUAAAAUUUGGUUUGACUUGUAAAUAUUGUUGGAACUAUUCAUCAUGUUGAUAAUACAUGACCAUGAAUGUUAAAUAGAAUAAUAGUAGUGUUUUAUUUUUUU